AAUGCAAAACUUUUACCUCAACCUCCUCUUUGCUUUCUCCUUCAUAACCUUCUCCAUUUCCAUUAUCGUUCACAAACAUAGAUCAAAAUUCAAGCACUCUAACCUUCCUCCUGGCAGUUCAGGCCUCCCUUAUAUUGGGGAGACCCUUGAGGUCUUGUCGACAGGAUGGAAAGGCCAUCCUCAAAAGUUUUUCCUUGACCGUAUAGAUAAAUAUGAAUCACAAGUAUUCAAAACAAAUCUUUUCUGUCAAACUGCAGUAGUCUUAUGUGGUGCUUCAGGUAACAAGUUCAUGUUUUCCAAAGAGAACAAGGUUCUUAAAGCCUGGUAUCCUGACUUCGUGUGCAAAAUAUUUCCCUCUUCAGCUCAGAGGUCACCCAUUGAACAAGUUGAUCGACUGCGCACUUUGCUCCCUGAAUUUUUGAGACCUGAAGCCUUGAAGAGAUACGUUGGUAUCUUCGAUACGGUUGCCGGAAGACACUUUGAAUCAGAAUGGGAAAAUAAAGAAGUGGUUGUGUUCCCUUUGGCAAAGAGCCUUACAUUUGGGUUAGCUUGUCGCUUGUUUCUUAGCAUUGAAGACCCCGACCACAUUGCAAAACUUGCUAGCCCAUUUAACCUUGUAGUUUCCGGUAUUUUUUCUAUCCCUAUUGAUUUACCUGGAACUCCACUCAACCGUGCCAUCACGGCCUCAAACUUUAUUAGAACAGAGCUUUUUGCGAUUAUUAAGCAAAGAAAAAAAGAUCUAGCAGAGGGAAAGGCAGCACGCAAGCAAGAUAUAUUGUCACACAUGCUGUUGGCAUGCGAUGACAAGGGAGCAUUUAUGAGUGAGCUAAGCAUUGCUGACACAAUUCUUGCACUAUUAGCCAGUGCACAUGAGAGCACCAGUGCGGCUUGUGCAUUCAUUGUCAAGUAUCUUGCUGAGUUACCUCAUAUUUAUGAGGGAGUUUACAAAGAGCAAAUGGAGAUAUCUGAAACCAAAGCUCCUGGCGACGAGUUGUUAAACUGGAAUGACAUUCAAAAGAUGAAAUAUUCUAGGAAAGUAAUUCGUGAAGUGUUGAGACUUUGUCCAACCUUUCCUAAUGUUAGAGAAGCCAUCCACGACUUCGAUUUCAAUUGUUUCUUAAUUCCGAAGGGUUGGAAGGUGUAUUGGAAUGCAAACUCGACGCAUAGAAAUCCAGAAUACUUCCCAGAACCCGAAAGAUUCGAUCCUUCCAGAUUUGAAGGGAACGGACCAGCUCCUUACACAUUUGUUCCAUUUGGUGGAGGACCCAUGAUGUGCCCUGGACAUCAGUUUGCUCGAAUAGAAAUGCUUGUUUUCAUUCACAAUCUGGUGAAAAGGUUCAAGUUUGAUAAAUUUGUUGCAGAAGAGAAGAUAGUGUUUAAUCCGAUGCCAAUACCUGAAAAGGGAGUUCCCAUUCGCCUCUUUCCUCACAGGCCUUAGGGAACCAGAUUCCUCUCCCCGCGUUAUCUGCACUUUCAAGCAAAGGGAAAAACAAAUGUCAACAAAUUGACAAGAUCGAGAAAUCAUAACCAACGAUUUGUGUUCUGCUACUGUGUCUUGAAUCAA